AUGUGUAGUAUUUUUGUGAUAAAAUAUAUCAAGAUGGCGCGAAUAAUUGUCAUUUUAAUCGGAAUAUUGGCAACUCAAAAUGUGAACUGCGCUCCAAAUGAUUCUAUAGAUGAAACAUUGAAAUCAGAACAUGAUGAACGAAAAUUGAAUGAUCCAACUUACUCAGUAAUCGAAGACAAUGAAAACGUUUACGGCAAGAAAUUGCAAGGUCAACGGCAGAAAAGAUGGUUUCCAGCCAUUCCGUACAAUUAUCCACCAUAUGCACCUUAUGAUUUGAGAUCAUCCGAGUUAGAAAAUUCACUGGCAAAUAUACAGUUUCGGUUACAAGAGUUACUGAAUAUAGUAAAGUCGCCACCACCUCCACCACCACCCAGUCUGUAUCCAGUAUUUGUACCGAUUUACAUAUCUCAGGCACCUUGCAGUUGUAAUCCUGCGACCAGUGACGAGACGACAACUAAAACUCCAGAGCCAACAAACGUUAACAAAAACCCGCAAAAUGAAACCGUACCGACGUUACACGACAGGCUUCCAGAGAUGGAAGACGAACGGCAGAACUGGGGAUUGGUUUUUAACAAUACAGCGACAGAUUAUGAUGAUGAUGAUGACGGCAGUAGGCCCAUUUCACUUACUCCAAUUAUAACGGGUAACGAUAAUGGAAGAAAUGUUCCGCCUGUUGAACACGGAAGCAGUCAGGCCGAUAUUAAUGAUCCAAAAACAUUGCCAACUAUUGCAGUAAAUCCUCCACGAGAUGCUCCAACAUUGGAAAAUUCAUCACAACCAAGUGUAUGUGAUAGCGCAGUGUUAAGCUGCUGUCUCGGCCCUGUUCCGACUUAUGAAUGUAUACAAUCACGAGGAUGCCAAGACUCUUCAUUAAAUGAAAAUGCUUGCAAUCCACAAUAUAUGCUUUUAGUCAUCAGUAGGCUUCAAAAGGCCUAUAACAUAAAUUUUCAGUGA